AUGUCGCUGAUUGAGGGCUUGUUUCCGCCUUCACGGGAGAAUUAUGAGCUUCUCCUUCGUUGCUGGCAAAUAGGCUAUCCCAUUAUUGGAUCAAUGCAAUGGAUCAUCAAAUGGUACGGCAUGGGCAAGACGUCUGUCAGCAGCGUCUUCAACCUCCCCGGCCGCUUCGCCUGGAUGACGAUGGAGUGUCCCGGAUUUUUAACGCUGCUCUACGUUAUGAACACGUUACCGCAGAAAGCUGGAAUCGAUGACUUGCCGUGGCAGAAUCGCGUCCUUGGUGGACUAUUCGUCAUCCACUACUCUUACCGAGCUGUCCUCUUCCCCCUCAUCCAGCCAUCCAUGUCCCCCAUCCACGUCGGCGUCUGGGCCCUCGCCAUAGGCUUCCAGCUAUGCAACGCCCUCUGCAUCUCCUCCUGGCUCUCCGCCUACGGCCCAACCACCGCCGAAGCCUGGUCCUCCGUGUCAUCCAUCCCACAAUUCAUCAUCGGCAUCGGCAUCUUCUAUCUCGGCCUCUCAUCAAACUUCUUCCACGACGAAGAGCUGCGCGAGAUCCGUCGUCGCGAGCAAAAACGUCAGGAACGCCUCCGUAAGCAGGCCGGCGACAAGAGCGGCAACAACGCGGCCGGCGUGGAGAAGCACUACCAGAUUCCGCAGGCGGGACUGUUUCGGUACAUGCUGUAUCCGCAUUAUUUGUCCGAGUGGGUUGAAUGGCUUGGGUUUUACAUGGCUACUGGCUGGGGAUGUGCUCCAGCGAGGGCGUUUCUCGUGAAUGAGAUUUUCUCGAUGCUGCCGAGGGCGGUAAAUGGGAAGAAGUGGUAUAUUGAGAGGUUUGGAGAGGAGAAGAUUGGCAAGAGGUGGGCAGUCAUUCCGGGUAUUUGGUGA